UAAGGGGGUGCGGGGGGGUGGGGGAGGGGGCGGCGCCGCCAUGGGGACCCCGCGGGCGCUGCUGCCCCUCCCCCUCCUGCUGCUGGCCGCCCUCGCCUGUGGACGUCACGCCCGGGGACCCCCCCCCAGAUGGGUCCCGGGAGCUCUCGGAGACGGAGCGGGAGUGCGGCCUGCCCCGCCCCCCUGCCCCGCCCCCCGCCCCGCCCCCGCGCCGUGGGGGGGCUGGGAGGCGGGGGAGGGGCGCUGGCCCUGGCAGGGCUCCCUGCGCCGCGGGGGGGCGCACGUGUGCGGGGUGUCCCUCGUGUCCCCCCAGUGGGUGCUGACCGCCGCCCACUGCCUGCAGGGGAGCCGGGACCCCCGCGAGUUCUCGGUGCUGCUGGGCACGCGCGAGCUGCCGCCGGCGGGGGAGGGGCCGCCGGCGGGUGGGGGAGGGGAGGCGGUGGCGCUGUCGCUGCUCCUCCCCCACCCCGCGUACGCGGGCGAGGCCUCGAGCGGCGACAUCGCCCUGGGGCGGCUGGAGCGGCGCGUGCGCUACCGGGCCGGGCUGGGGCCCGUGUGCCUGCCGGGACCGGGAAUGCGCUUCCCACCGGGGACAGAGUGCGCCAGCUCGGGAUGGGGGGACACCGGGAACGGAGCCCCCCGGCGGCUGCGGGAGCUGCGCCUGCCCCUCCUCCCGCUGGGGCUCUGCCGCCGCCUGUACGGCACCGACCUGGGCCCCGCCCUGCCCCCACGGCACAUCCGGGAUGACAUGCUGUGCGCGGGCACCCGCGGGGGGGCGGGGACACCUGCAAGGGUGACUCGGGGGGCCCCCUGGUGUGCCCCUCCCCCUCGGGCCGCUGGGUCCUGGCCGGGAUCGUCUCGUGGGGGGGAGGGGUGCGGGGUCCCGGCCCGCCCCGGGGUCUACACGCGCGUCAGCGCCUUCUCCCAUUGGAUCGCCGCCCGCGCCGGGGGCGUGGCCUUCGUGGGGCCCCGCCCCCAGAGCGCCGGCAGCGGCGCCCCCUGGCGGCCGGGAGGACUCGCGGUGGCGGCGGCGGUGGCGGCGGUGGGGGCGGGGCGGGUGUGAGG